AUGUCUGCUAAGACCACCAAAACCGGCAAGCUUCCUGCCAAGCCUCGCGCCAAGCGCACCCGGGCUGCCAAGCCUGCCGAAAUCGCCGAGAGUUCUAAAACCGCUGAACUUUCCGCCAAGUCUUCCGAGACCGCCAAGCCUGCCGAUUCAGACACCCCUGUCGCUUCCGCCAAGCCUCCCGCCAAGCGCACCCGGGCUGCCAAGGUUUCCAAGACCGCCGAGAGAUCUAAAACCGCCGAGCUUUCCGCCGAGCCGGCUGCCAAGCCUUCUGAUUCCGGCACCCCUGCUGCCAAGCCAACCGAUUCCGUCGAGCCGGCUGCCAAGCUUUCCGAUACCGCCGAGCCGGCUGCCAAGCUUUCCGAUUCCGGCACCCCUGCUGCCAAGCCUUCCGAUUCCGCCGAGCCGGCUGCCAAACCUUCCGAUUCCAGCACCCCUGCUGCCAAGCCUUCCGGUUCCGCCAAGACUCGCCCAAUUCAGUAUCAUGAAACAGCUGCUGAAGCAUUAGUAAUGGGUGGUGUAACCAAUACUGCUACUGCUAAGAAAUUGGCUAGUAUGGAUUGGAUUAGGACUGUUUUGGUUAAGGAAGACAGGGGUCUCAAUAUGGCUAGGCCAGUUAAUGUUGAGGCUAUUUUGGGAGAUAGCAGGGGUGAACUUGCAGAGGCAGUUUGCAUGUUUGCAGGUAGUUGCACCAAUUGCCACUACAAUAGCCAAGGCAAAUAUUGCAAUUUCCGUCCUGAAAUCAAACCUCGCGAACGUUCUGCACCCAUUGCAAGCUCUUCUACCGGUACUGCGGAGGCUGCAGACAGGCAUAGAAGAGUUGCAAAGAGAAAGCGGUCCACUCCAAAGGAAAAAUGGCGGAGGCUUUUGAUGGCAGUAGAGGGAGUGGCUGAUGCAAUUGAGGAUAUCAUGGAAGACAUGGAAGACUAA